AUGUUAGAGAAAGUGGAAGUGAUUAACAUGGAGAAAGUUAUAGAAGAAUUUGAGUCAAUGACUAAAGAUGCAGAAAGGGUUCAAAGGGAAACACUCAAGAGAAUUUUGGAGGAUAAUUCAUCAGCUGAAUAUUUGAAGAAUUUUGGUCUUAAUGGAAGAACUGAUCCUGAGAGUUUCAAAGCUUGUGUUCCACUUGCUACUCAUAAAGAUUUGGAACCUUUUAUUUAUAGAAUUCUUGAUGGUGAUGAUUCUCCUAUUCUCACUGGAAAAUCUAUUACUACUAUGUCUUUAAGUUCUGGUACUACUCAGGGGAAGCCAAAGUAUAUACCAUGGAAUGAUGAAUUGUUUGAGUCCACAAUGCAGAUAUAUAAAACAUCUUUUGCUUUUAGGAACAGAGAGUUUCCUAUAAAAAAUGGAAAGGCUUUAAACUUUAUAUAUGGUAGCAAACAGUUCAAAACAAAAGGGGGACUCAUAGCAACAACUGCUACAACAAACGUGUUCCGCAAUCCAUCUUACAAACCUACAAUGAGAUCACUUCAAUCCCAAUGUUGCAGUCCGGAUGAAGUGAUAUUCGGCGGCGAUUUUUUCCAAUCGUUAUACUGUCAUCUAUUAUGCGGCCUAAUUUUUCGAGAAGAAGUUCAGUUAGUAUCUUCAACAUUUGCACAUAGCAUUGUUCAUGCUUUCAGAGCCUUUGAACAAGUUUGGGAAGAGCUUUGUAAUGAUAUAAGAGAAGGUGUUCUUAGUAGCAGAGUCACAGUUCCUUCCAUUCGUACAGCUAUGUCGAAAUUGCUCAAACCGAAUCCAGAACUAGCGAACAUAAUCCAUAAAAAGUGUUCGGGAUUAAGCAACUGGUAUGGUUUGAUACCAGAGCUUUUUCCGAAUGCGAAGUACAUUUAUGGAAUCAUGACAGGCUCAAUGGAAGCAUAUUUGGAAAAACUGAGACACUAUGCAGGUGUUAUACCUUUGUUGACUGCUGAUUAUGGAGCUUCUGAAGGAUGGAUAGCUGCAAAUGUUAAUCCAAAACUUCCACCUGAAUUGGCAACUUAUGCUGUGCUUCCUCAAAUUGCUUACUUUGAGUUCAUUCCUCUUACACAGCUUGAGGAUGAAGAUUCUUUUUCUUGUCUUGAGCCUCAGCCAGUGGGACUCACUGAGGUGAAGAUUGGUGAAGAGUAUGAAAUUGUUAUGACCACUUUCUCAGGCUUAUACAGAUAUAGGUUAGGAGAUGUGGUAAAAGUUAUGGGAUUCCAUAACUCAACUCCAGAACUCAAGUUUAUUCGUCGGAGCACUCUUCUUUUGAACAUUAACAUCGACAAGAACACGGAGAAAGAUUUACAGUUAGCUGUGGAAGCAGCAGCAAAGUUAUUAAUACAAGAGAAGCUAGAAGUUGUUGAGUUCACUAGCCAUGUUGAUUUAUCCUCGGAGCCAGGACACUAUGUAAUCUUCUGGGAAAUCAGUGGCGAAGCAAGUGAGCGAGUGUUGAGCGAGUGUUGCAAUUGUUUGGACAAGUCUUUCAUUGAUGCAGGCUACACUAGUUCGCGCAAAGUUAACGCCAUUGGAGCGUUGGAACUGCGAGUUGUUAGAAAAGAAACGUUCCAGAAGAUUCUUGAUCAUUAUCUUGGAUUAGGAACUGCUGUUAGUCAGUAUAAGACACCAAGAUGUGUAGGUCCAACACAUAACAGUGUGUUGCAAAUCUUGAGUGAAAAUGUUGUUGAUAGAUUUUUCAGUAGUGCCUUUAAUUGA